CCCGAGGAGUAUCAUGGUCAACUUUUUCCCGCCUGCCAUCAAAAGUCACAUAUUGGAAAUGCCGCCUGGCAGAGGAGAAUGUUUGCCUGCAUACUGGCAGAAUCUGGCAAAUGGAUCAUAUUCAGGACCAAGAGCGUUGAAUAACCCCUUGCCUGAUGAAGCAGCGGCAAUGCCAUGCAGUCGAGGACCUGAACGAUUCUUUUGUGGGGCAGCUAGACCAUCCUUUUGGGAUACUGGUGCAUGUGCUGCAGCGUGUGACAGUACUGCCACAUUGUCGUUUUCGCUCCAGGCAGCACAGAUUACAAGUCUUGGGUUGCGGCACUACUAUGGUGUUCCCGGGAAGAUGCGGAUUGAUUUGAAGGCAGCGGAAAAUUAUUUUCAAUGUGCAAGUGAGAGGGGAGAUAAAAGAGUGUGGGUGCUCCUCAAUCGCUGCAUCCUGGCUGCAGGAGACACAGAGGCUAAUGUGCGGUAUACUGCAGAGAGAGAGCUAGAGCAGGCAGUGUCGAAGGGGACAGAGGGAGCAGCUCUUGCCCUGGCAGAGUUAUACAUUCAUCAGCGGAGAAGACCAGUGGACGUGGCCAACUUCCUACACAAGGAGAUUGUCUGUGCAUCAAAGUAUGCAAAGGAGGCCAAGUUCUUGUUGAGCCAAUUCUACAUUCGGAAUGGUAAUGAACCCCACUGGAGCGCCCUUACCGUUCCCCACUGGAGCGAGGGCCGUAAGCUUGCGCUUGAGCUGGCAGAGCAGUGGGGAUGUCCAAGCAGCAAUUUCUUUCUGGGCCUUUACCAUCUGCAAGGCUUGUAUCGAUUUAAAAAAGACCCACCCACAGGAGUCCAGUUUAUUAGUGCAGCUGCAGAGAAGGAUCACCCAUUGGCGAAGGUAGUGCUGAGUAUAUGCUAUGUGGAAGGAGUAGGUGUGAAGAGAUCUGCAACAAAAGCACAGGAGUGGCUGGAAAGGGGAGCCUGGCAGGGUUGUGAAGAAGCUGAGACAUUGGCAGGCAUUGCAAUGUUGCACGGAGAGCUUGACUGGCCAACGGAUCAUGAUGGCAACGAGCAGCAGGGCGUAGCGUAUCUUCGAAAAGCUGCGGAGAAUGGCUACUUCUUUGCCCAGGUAGCACUCGGAUUACAUCUUGAAGAACAAUCCAGGAACGAAGCUGGCAGCACAGGGAGAGGGGAGGUUGUACUAAGUGCUGCUUCUUCUCCAUCAGGACCGGUCUCUACUGGAUCUGAUGUUAGCAUUAAUUUUCAAGCUGAGGCCUUGAAAUGGCACUUGAAAGCAGCCAGCAAUGGUCAUGUUCAGGACAUAAGCAAGACCGAUUUGCAAGUGUCGUCCAAGCUGACUCAGAGGCAUUUCGGUUCGCAUUGCAAUUGGUUUGUGGGGGCACUUGUUCGGAUGUCAGUGGCAAGCGUUGACUCUAGUGCAGUUACUCGCCCAUCGGGGGACGUGUGGGCUGCAUACGCUGAGGCAAAUCAGAAAGUGGACGAGUCCCUGAGGAGGAGUGGUGGGCUGGAUAGAAUCAGGCUGGAGUGGUCGGCAAAUGGUGAAUGUCAUUUGACAGACUACUACAGCACUUGGUGGGGAAUUGUGAAACACACAUACGUGGGUGCAGCCGCCACUACUGUGAAUUUUGCCAGACCUCCUGUUUCAGGCAUAAUUGACUGCGCUGAUUUGGUCAUGGCUUCAGUAACAAAUCUCAUGGGUAAUGCAUGGGCCUCCUUGAUAUGGAGCGCCUUGCGUGGGCUAUCAUAUCUGAGGCUCGAACAUAACACCAAAAUGAGGGCCGAGCAGGUUAUAGCCCUGGCGCCCACAGUCUCUGAGUUCGAAUCUGUUGUGAAGGAAGCAGCAGUCUGUCUGGCGAUCGUCCGCAGACAGAACAUGGAACUGAUCAAUAGAGUCAGAUUGCUGGGGUUGGCAACGCGAAAACGGGAUGUCCUACGCAAAGCGAUGGAUGGAGACGUCAGGAAACGGGAUGUUGUAUGUGUCUUACUGGACAGAAAUCACAACACCAGCAUUGUGGGUCCUUCAGGGCCUUCAGGCCAGGGCUUGGGCAUGCGCAAACGGGAUGUCCUACGGAAAGCACUGGACAGAGAGGUGAGAAAACGUGAUGCAGUACGGGAAAUUCUAGGCAGGAAUCAUAAUACCAGUGCUGUGGCUCCUUUAGGCCAGGGCUUGGACUUGCUCAGUGUGGCGCUUGCAGCACAUGAUGCUCUGCAGCUUCUGCAGGCUGUGAGACGGGGUGAUCUUGCAAGGGUAUCUGAUUGCAAAACACGUCGUCAACAGAUCGUUUCGGCAGCUCUUGGAAGGCUGGGUGGAGGGUACCUCACGAAGCAUGCAUCCGUGGAAAGGAGCCCUGAAGGGAGGGACAAUUAUGAAGACCGGUUCCGAAGAGUUUUGGAGAAACGGAAUGAUAGUCAUUACUCGUGAAACGGUAUUCACCAGUUCGCAGUAGCUGAUGCAGAUCCCGGGGCUCGAUCCCCAGUCCCCACCUUACCUGUGUACAGUAUCUGUGUCGACCCCUAGAGUUGAGCCCGUGACCUGUGUGUUUGUAACAGCUGGUAGGUUGUCGUAGGGUCCAUAGGUAGUAGGGGUUCGAUCUGUAGACCAGUCGAGUAGAAGUUCCAGUCAGGUCUAGCAGUCGUAGCUGUAGCUGUCUCGAAGGGCCAAGGUCGUAGCUGCAACAGUCCAGAAAGGUCAAGGUCGUAGCUGCUACAGUAGCGAAAGGCCAAGUCUACGGCCUUCCGGAAGGUCCCAGCAGUGGCCUUUCGAAGUUGCCCACGUUUAGGCUGAGGCAAGUGGGCAAGUGGUGGAGUCUACCUGAGCUGAGUCAACAGUCCCAGUCCCCAUUCAGUCCUGGUUCAGUCAAGCAAGUACCGCAUGGGACUGUGUGCACUACGGGCAUGGAAAGGGCCAGACCAACGAGCUGCAAAAGUAUAAAUCAAGAGGCAGCGCCAAAGUGCCAGACCAACGAGCUGCAGAAGUAUAAAUCAAGAGGCAGCACCCAG